CCCCUUAGAAGCAGCAUAAACACCAACGUUCUGUCCAAGGCCAUCACAAUUCCUUGUAGAAACAGUUUAUAGCCUGUCUCUCCCUCCCCUCUGCCUCCUUAUUUGUCUCUCUUCCCUCCCCUCUCGGAGUAACAGCGUUGCCAUGCCAUCCUGCGCCUGAGGAGUCAGUGCAGCGGUUAAAACGCGCUCCUUCUCCUGGAUUUCACUGCGGGAUGUGUUCAGUCAGCUGCGUCGGAGCGCAAAGCUGAACCAAGCGCCGGUUUGUCUCCUCCCCAAACCCAACACCCCCAGCGUGGCCCGACACCUCUGACAGCUGACAGAUAUAGAGGCAACACACCUGGGAGAUAAAUGGAGGGACCUGAGCCGCAGCUUUCGCCGCACUUCACCUUUCUCCUGUGGUCCACGGGGGAGGGCGCUUGUAAGCUCAUUUGAGUCGGGGUUUGUGAAUAGCCUGCGGGAUUAGAAGGUUAUUGAGUGAAAGACAAUGUCCCGCGGCUCGCUCCGGCAGUCCCGGCUAUUGUUGGUGCGGCGGCGGACGCACGGAGCUCAUUGUCACCGGUUGCGCCCCCACCUCCAUCUCCAGUAGCGGGCUGUCCUGUCUCUGCUCUCCGGUCGGACAUCCCGGAGUGUGAGGAUGACUUCCUGGCAACGCAGCGCUCCACUGCGUGUCUUCCUGCUCCUCUGCGUGGCGUUCCCAGUCUGCUCAGAAGACCCCAGAACUGGAGCCAGAUUAUGUUGGUCACCGAACGUCACCUCUUGCGCAGAUUGCCUCAGACGGGGACCAAAAUGUGCUUGGUGUUUUCAGGAGGACUUUCUGCAUGGGGUGGGGUCUAGCCAUCGCUGUGAUCUACCGGACAACCUUCGCAGAAAAGGCUGUGGACCUGAGUUCAUGGAGCAGUCCGAUGUCAAAGUGGAGGUCCACGCUACAUUGAGCAGCACGCAAGUGUCCCCGCGAGAAAUCGAUAUCACACUCCGACAAGGCUCUGAGGCUAGUUUCAUUGUGGCUGUGAAGCAACUGGAGCGCUAUCCUGUCGAUCUCUACUAUCUGGUGGAUGUAUCAGCCUCCAUGCAGGCCAACCUUGAUCAUCUCAAGACAGUGGGCGUUGCCUUGUCCCUCCGGAUGGCGCAGUACACGUCAGACCUUUGGCUGGGUUUUGGCUCAUUUGUGGACAAACCUGUCUCCCCUUAUAUCAGUGUGCAUCCCUCUAAGAUCGACAACCCAUGCAGUGAGUACCAGAUUAAAUGUCGCCCAGCCCACGGUUUCCACCAUGUCCUCAGCAUGACCGGUAACAUCAGCGAAUUCACGCGGGUAGUGAAGCGCCAGCGCAUCUCCGGUAAUGUAGACACACCCGAGGGAGGACUGGAUGCGAUGCUGCAAGCUGCUGUCUGCAAGGCAGUCGGUUGGCGGCCAGACGCAAAGCGCCUCUUGCUCCUGAUGACAGACCAACCGUCUCAUCUCGCUCUGGACAGCAGGCUAGCUGGGAUUGUAACACCACACGAUGGCCGGUGUCACCUGGACAAUAACGUUUACACUGGAAGCACUAGGAUGGACCAUCCCACUUUGGGCCAACUUUCUGACAAGCUGCUUGAAAACCAUAUCUACCCCAUCUUUGCUGUGGACAAGGAGCAGUACCAGUGGUAUGAGAAACUGGUUGAGCUUCUACCUGGUUCCUCCCUGGGAAAGUUGGGUCUCUUUCAUGCACCAAACCUCUUAGACCUGGUGGUAGAUGGAUACAAGAGAUUACUGUCUGAGGUGGCAGUGUCCCUGUCAGUGGAUGACAAGGCGGCCAGCAGGUACUGGGUGUCCGUUUCCCCUCUUUGCCCUCACGGAUCCACUGCUGAGGAGCAACGCUGCUUGGGGGUGCAGCCAGGCCAGACGGUCUACUUCAAUAUCACAGUUGGUCAACUUUCCUGUGCUGAUGAUGGUGAAGAUGAAGAUGUGACGAUGUUGGUACGUCCACUGGGGUACAAUGAGUCAACUCUCAUUAGGAUCCAUUCUAAAUGCCGGUGUCAAUGUGGGCCGACGGGCCGCUGUGAUGGCAAUGACCAGUCACCCUGCAGACCAAACCAGCCCGGUGUCAAACAAGAGCCAAAGCCAAAUCAUGGAAACAUGGAGGACUCCAGCUCAGAUCCAAAUAUACAUUGCAAAGCACAUGGGUCAAAUGUGAACUGCAGUAGGCGGGGAGUGUGCGAGUGUGGAAAGUGUGUUUGUGAGCAAAGCAGGCUUGGGAUGGUAUAUGGGAAAUACUGUGAAAAGGAUGACUUCUCCUGCCCAUAUGAAGGGGGUCUGCCUUGUGGAGGCAGAGGUGCGUGUGUUUUAGGCGAGUGUUUGUGCGAGGAUGGGUGGACAGGUGAUGGUUGUGGUUGUCCCACCUCCACAGCCAUCUGCCAAUCCCCAGAUGGUUUGCUUUGCAGUGGGUGGGGCAAGUGUGUGUGUGGCAAGUGUGUGUGUGAGGACUCCCAACACUCUGGAGACUUCUGUGAAAGAUGUCCUACCUGCCAGCACACCCAGAAAUCCUCCUGCAAGAGUGUGGACUGUCUUCGUUCUCAAGGUCUUUCCCAAAAAGAUGCAGAAUUAUGCAACACCACCUGCGCACUGUAUAUGGGCUCCAUAACAGAUGUUUCAGAGCGUGUCAGCUGCGGGCGGCUGGUUGGAACUUUCCUGAGUGUGUGUGCUCUGACGGUGCUGUGCGGCCUGGUUGUGGUAGCCGUGUCACGCUUGCUUCUGCAAAGGAGAGUCAUGCCACGUGGGGGCGCUGCUGCAGAUAUAGGCUUCUCUUGCUCUGGAAAGGAUCACUCAUACAUUCCUACAGCCAAUGAGAAAACAGUUACCUACAGAAGGGACCGUCCUCCUGACCACCCCGUGGAGAUGCACAUACAGAUUCCCAAGAUGCCUCUCGAUGGCCAUUGGCAGUUCUAAACAACACAUGAAUAUUGAAGUCUGAAAGAAUGCAUCAAAGGCAAACAAAGAGGAAGAGUUGGACUAGAAUCUUCUUUUCUGUUUCCUAUAACACUCCCAGGCAUCAACUAACUAUAUGUGAAGGACAAGAUGAUAAACUUGACUCCAAAACCUCAAUGAACCUGAUUUUUUUUCUUUUUUUUUUUAAUCAACUGACCAAACCCUGAGAGACUUUGCGACUACAGUGGCCAGUAUUGUUUGAAUCAAGAUGAAGAAAAGAGUACAAGUCGCCCACCUUCUUCUUUCUCUGCUCAUUUAAGAGGCCAAUCAAAGGGUGAUUGUGAUGGUUUUUCUCUUCUUUCCUCUUAACAGUUCAGAGGUACUCCUCUAAAAUUUAGAUUAAUGUGAGAGUUUUUUUUUUUUUUUUUUUUUGAUUGUUUGUUUGCUGAUGUGGGCAUUUGUGCUUUCUAUCUGUGACUUAAAUGAAAACACUACAUAUUGAAAUGUCAUGUUUCUGAAGGCGACUCCUCCACUUGCAGCAUCUCCCUGUCCUUAUCUGCCCCCGUGUGGUCAAUUUAAUGUACUGCAUCCUCUCUAAAACAAAAACAACAAAAACACUAUUGACCUCAGCUUGCUCCUUUGAUUGUUUCACCAAUGGCUGUUUUUCUUAUGAACUUUUCUUUUCAGUCAUUUGGUGGGUGAUUAAUUUAACAGGGUGUGUUUGUAAAAGAUCAGUGGCCUGUUCUUUACAAUGUAAACUUUGCACUAAAAGAAGCUGCAUUAUACUACUGAAAACUGUGGGCAUUCUGGGACCGGAGAGCUGUGAACUUUGGGCAUUAGAAGCUGAUGUAACAAAUCCACCUUAACACUGGAACAACCACGACUGAGAUUCAUGUUUGAAAUAUUUAUGAUCAACAAGUAUUUAUAGUGAUAUAACAACUGUCACCUGAUCAUGUGAGACGUUACCUUUCUACAUUAAAGGCGUAACAUCAUGUUCUUUCUCAUGAUCCGUUUGCAGAGCUGUCUGUAAAUCUAAAGGCUUUAAGGUACGAAUGAACUUAGAUGAUACGGAGUCAGAAUUUAGUCUUCACAAACUAUUGGAGAUAACCUGAGAGUUUUGAUUUAGCUUGAUCCUGCUCAAAUUCUCAGAUUGUUUUAAAGAAGUGAUUUUUUGGUACAAACUGUUCUUUUUUUCUUGUGACUUUGAAACACUAAUAACUAUUUAUUUUGAUUACGUUGCAGGAGAUUUUCCAUAAUUCAUAAGAGUGCUGCGCAAUAAGACGGAUACUGUCGUUUUUAUGUGGACUGUGGAAGGUUUUAGCAAUAAGGUAGCAUUAUUAGUCAUCUCAUUUAACAUGGUACAAAGUUUUUUAGUGAAAAUGGCACUUUUUCAAGAUAGCCUUAUUGUAAGUUAUUGUGUAUGUCUGUUUUUAUCAAAAUAAAAUGUGCAAGAUGUAUCAGUUAUUA